AUGUAAACCUCAUAUACGUCAGAUACUGCUCUAAUACUAACUAUAAAUAAAAGGUAGUAGAGAACCACAGGUUACUUUAGUGCCAAGAAUGGGGAUAUCGAGCAUGCCUAACCUUGGGGAUGCGUUCCUCCCGCUAGCCUUCCUUCCCCUCCUUCUCCUCAAGGAUGGCGUCAGCUGGAUGCUGCUUCAGGUCACCGGCGACCAUCAAUCCGCCAUGGAUUCGGCCUCCAGCAUGCCGGUAGCCUCGACGAGGCAUCAACGAUGGAAGCCGAAGCAGGAAGGAGAAGAAGACGAAUGGUGCUGCAGUGUUUGCUUGCAAGGUUUAGAAGGGGGAAGGGAAGAGGUGAGCCAAAUAGUGGCUUGCAGCCAUUACUUCCACCGAGCUUGCCUUGACCAAUGGCGUUUGGUAGGGUUGGGAAACACCUGCCCCCUCUGUAGGUCCACACUCCACUAGAUGCCCUAAUUUCAAAUGACAGAAAGCUUGUUUUCAUUUCCUGCAGCUUUUCGGAUGCAGGAGUUUUUUUUUCCUUUUUUUUUUAACUUCUACUGACUUCGUAGAGGUUGUUAAACCAAGGAUAUGUAGUUUUCUUCUAUUCGGAUAUAUAGAUAUAUAUAGGUUUCAAGCUUGCGAGUUUUACCAAUCAUUUUGGAAUUUCUUCCAAGAUUUAAUGGUUAAGCACGAUGAUCAAUGAAACUGCUAAUAUGAAUUAUGAUGUCAAACAUGUUAGAAAUAUAUUGAUUGUUUGCCUAGAUAAAAAUAGUAAUAUUAGAAGAAUUGACAGCAAUAAUUUAAAAAGAAAUAGUAAUAAGAAAGAACAAUUUGUCAUCUAAACAUUGUUUGUGCCUUUUUACCGGGAUUCUGGUGGUGCGCUUCAGAUAUUGUGAUUGGUCAGCAGAAGAUAAUUGACUACCGGUUUUAUAUAUCGUUUUAAUGUUAAG